AAAGCAGCAGCAUAUGGAAGGAGAAAAAGAAAUUAAAAAAAAGGAAAAAAAAAACUAAAAAAAAAAACUAUAGAAAGUGAAGGCGUCGGAUAGGUGUCAAAAAAUGAGUGUUUCUUGGAAAUAGCCUUUUUGACGCCCUAUUAGCCAAAGUGAUCGUUUCUAUGCAAGACUUCGCCCACACAAAUUCAAUUCAGGAUCUGCAAAAGCUCGCUCUCUCGCUUUGUCUGGCUCUCUCUGUCUCUCACCACCAAUCGAAGAAUCUCCCGAUCUUUAAGAUCUGUCGAUGAACACCAUGGGCGAAGAAGGAGAAAGAACGUGUCCUCUAUGCGCGGAGGAGAUGGAUCUGACUGAUCAGCAAUUGAAACCGUGCAAAUGUGGAUAUGAGAUAUGCGUUUGGUGUUGGAAUCAUAUAAUGGACAUGGCCGAGAAGGAUGACACUGAGGGCAGAUGUCCUGCAUGCCGUACGCCUUAUGACAAGGAAAGGAUAGUGGGGAUGACAGUCAGUUCUGACAGGCUAGCCGAAAUAAACUACGAGAAGAAGCAGAAAUCCCAAAAGGCGAAGUCAAAAACAUCAGAAGGGAGAAAACAUCUCAGCACGGUUAGAGUGAUACAGCGGAAUCUUGUAUAUAUUGUUGGAAUACCUGCUAAUUUGGCGGAUGAAGAGACCCUCCAGCGGAAGGAAUUUUUCGGGCAAUAUGGUAAGAUUCUAAAGGUUUCUAUAACACGGACUGCAGGAGCUGCUCAGCAUUCUUCUAACAAUUCUUGUAGUGUAUAUAUUACGUAUUCAAAGAACGAGGAAGCUAUUCGGUGUAUUCAAGUUGUAAAUGGCUACGUCUUAGAUGGUAGACCUUUGAGAGCAUGUUUUGGCACCACAAAGUACUGCCAUGCAUGGCUGAGAAAUAUGCCUUGUGGCAAUCCAGAUUGUUUGUAUUUGCAUGACGCCGGGACACAAGAGGAUACUUUCACAAAGGAUGAGGCGAUUUCAACAUGUGCCAGUAAAUUCCAACACUCCCCUGGAAGUUCUUUGAAUAAUUUCCAUCAGCGAUCGGGGAGUUUCUUACCUCCUCCAAUAGACAACUUAUGCAGCAACAAUACCAUUCCCUUGAGCAAACCUUUGGUCAAACCAGUCAUUCAUAGUGCUGGAGUUUACAGUAAAAGCUCCCUUUUAAAUGGUGAUACUGGAAAAUCUGGUGGGCUUCCACCGGCAGCUUCAUGGGGCGUGAGGGUCACUUCUGGUGUAUCAUUAGCUACUAAUACUGAAGUUAUCCAAGGACCUGCCAAACAUAAAACAAGCAUGUCCGGUUCCCUAACGUCUUCUGUUGGUACGGAAGCCCAAUUCACAACCCAGACAUCUGAGACGGAUCAACGUGUUGAACGCAUGGUUGCACCAAGAAAUCAGAGGUCAAUUGCAAAUGGUAGACUAGAGACAUUUCCAACAUCAAAACCAAGUAACACCAAAGAUUGUCAAGUUGAUGAUCGGCAUGUUGAGGCUAGUCUUGAACCUACUGCAGUGCUAAAAGGUUCCCUCUGUGAAUCAUCUCGUUCUUGCACCAGCAAUGAAAUUGCCAGAGGAAUCAUCCCACUUCCCUGCUCGUUAGAUUCCAGUGGAUUUUGUCAACAGGUUUCAAAUCCAUUGCCCAAUAAUGAAGAUAUUAGGCAUUCUAUUGUUGAUGAAACUACACAAAGUUCAUCUGGGAGGCUUCAUCAUAUGGUUGAUGAUGACACCGGUACUUCAUCUGGAUCUCUGAAUGGUGGAGGGAACAACAUGAUAUCCAGUUAUCAAUCUCAUGCAGAAACAAGACCACCAUUGGAACAUCCUUCUAUCUCCUUGCAGGACAGUCUCAGGCCCAGCACAGAAGCUGGGGCCCUUGGGGCCAUACCUGGUGCUGCUUCAACUUCUCAAGCUGUGCCUUCCACUGAUGAACAGCCUAGUUUGAGUUCCAAGAGUGGAGUAAAGAUGUUGACAGCUGCAAACAUCCAAGGAAGGAGUAUAUGUCCGACUUCCAGUACAAGACUUGGAGAUCUCUCUGAUCUUUGUACACAUGGUCUUGUCAGAGAACCGAUAGUUGAUGUCUUUUCAGUGUCUCCCACAAGUCUGUCAACAUCUCCCAAAGGAGAACAGGAAAGUUACACUCCCCAAUCCUCUGGGCACGGGGAAGUCAUUGAAUCUCCAAACUUGGAUAACGGGUCUCACAAUCUCACAUUAUUUGAGAAAGCUAGAAGCCAAAAUGCUAGUACACAUGAGGAAUUGAAUGCAGAUGAAGGGGAGAACAGCAUCAUAACAGAUAUUUUAUCAUUGGAUAUUGGUCUGGACGAUCCUCAUGCGAGCUCUAAUCUAGCAAAACUUUUACGUGGAAACAGUGAUAAGAAUGCUGGCUUGUCAAGACUAUUUAGUCCUUGGAAGGCAAGCAGUAACAACGAGUCCAGAUUUUCCUUUGCGAGGAUGGAUGAUUCCAACCAAGACUGUAACCAUGCACUUUCUUUAGAUACCUCCAAGUUUUGGCGUGAAGGAAAUUUUGAUCCACAAGACAUCGAGAUUAACCAAGGAGGCCAUGUGAAUAGAUUUCCCAAUGGAAUUGCACUUAGUUUUUCGGAGGACUCUGGGGUUCUUAACAGCCAUCACCACCUUCCUUCCAGUAGGGCUAUGGUUUCAAGGCUUGAAGAGAAUGCACCUCCCAAAUCUCCUAUACAGAGAAAAGCCCCUCCUAUUCCACCUCCUGGAUUCUAUCCUCAGCAUGUGAUGGACCGUGACCAAUAUGCUUCUAUGGUUCCCUCACCUGGUUCAGCUGCACAGUAUCCGUUCCUUGGCAGUUCAGCUAAUUUGAAUCUGCAACAACAAGUUGCUGGAAAUAGCAGCUAUGCUGAUGUUGAAUUCAUCGAUCCUGCGAUUAUGGCAGUCAGCAGAGGAAAGCUUCCACUGCCGAUGACGCACCAGAUCUCUCCCAACUACAGCUCCAACAUGUUGGCUGGUUUCUCCGAGAUGGACCAGAGGCUUCAGUUGUUGAAGUCAAGAUCUAGCAAUCUGAAUCAGAAUCCAAUGAUGACGGUUGAUCAAAGCAAGUACAGCCUCUUACAGGACAUGGCUUUGCAGGAGGCAAUGAGGAAUUCUAAUGGGUCAUGGGGAAGUGGUUGGAACGUGGCCAACCCAGCUGCCAUCGAGUCUGGGCUUCUGGGCAGAAGAGGUCAAUCGAGCCUGGCUGAGAUAACAAAUAGUGGAAGAGUUGGUUAUCUUGAAUCACAAUAUGGGUUUCUAAGACCAUUUCCUGCACAUGAGGACACCAAGUUUCAGGCACCGAAUUCUGGCCGCUUCUAUAACUCUGCCUAUGAUAUGUGACCAGAGAAUGUUGGCAGCUGAGGUGGUGGUGGUUUUGGAGGUUUUUCUCCCAGUGGUAUUCUGCAUUUUAGCUUAGUGGGUUUCUUGGCCAAUUUUGGUUGGUCCGUGCUGUUUUCCAGUGAGUAAUGAGUUAAAUCUUCGUGGGAAAUUUCUGCUUUAUGGGCAGGGCCUGGUUUAUGUGAAUUGCUCGUCUAAAAAAUAUAAUGCUGCUGAUAUGAUCAGAUGCUUGUUGUAUAUGCAGGUAAACACAGUGAAAAAUGGAAAUUGGGGGGUGAUUGAGAAUGAAUCGGCAUGCAUGUGAGGAGCUAAGACAAUGAAGCAACCCAUACAAGUGGAACUGUCGCAAAAGCGACUGUGAAGCAACCCAAUCAUGGUUUCAAAGUUGUAUUUACAGGUAGAUAAUGCUUGUUGCUUGUUUCGACAGAUUGCUUUGAUGGAAAUGGAUAGUGUGCAUAUAUUACUGGGUGGUAAAUCCAUGGUUACUAAUUUUCUUGCAA